GGCUCUAGAGGGGCAGGCAGGGCGGGCGAGGGGCCUGGUAUUGGAAUUCGAGAAGCACGAUAUCCGUCUUCCAUAGUCUCCACCUCAAACCUUUGCUAUGGCUCCCUUUUCCUACAGAACAGACCCAUGUUCUCAGCCUGGCGUUCAAGGCUCUUCACACUCAGGCUCCAACCUCCCUCCCUCCUGGGAGAGCUACAGGGGCUUCCCGUGAUCUACCUGCACAACAACUCUGCACGCGUCGCCAUGUCCUCGGUGUUCGGGAAACCCCGCGCGGGCAGCGGGCAACAGCAGAGCGCACCCCUCGAGGUCAACUUGGCCAUCCUGGGGCGCCGCGGGGUGGGCAAGUCCGCCCUGACGGUGAAGUUUCUGACCAGGAGGUUUAUCAGUGAAUAUGACCCCAACUUGGAGGAUACCUACAGCUCUGAGGAGACCGUGGACCACCAGCCUGUCCACCUGAGGGUCAUGGACACUGCAGACCUGGACACCCCCAGGAACUGUGAGCGCUACCUGAACUGGGCCCACGCCUUUCUGGUGGUGUACAGCGUCGACAGCCGCCAGAGCUUCGAGGGCAGCAGCAGCUACCUGGAGCUGCUCGCUCUGCAUGAGAAGGAGACACAGCGCAGCUACCCUGCUCUGCUGCUGGGCAACAAGCUGGACAUGGCCCAGUACAGGUCACUCAGGCAGAGGGCGUGGCCUUGGCGGGCAGGUUCGGGUGCCUGUUUUUCGAGGUCUCUGCGUGCCUGGACUUCGAGCACGUGCAGCACGUCUUCCAUGAGGCAGUACGGGAGGCACGGCGGGAGAUGGAGAAGAACUCCCUGGCCAGGCCCCUCUUCAUCUCCGAGGAGAGGGCCCUGCAUUACCAGGCCCCACUCACGGCCCGGCAUGGGCUGGCCAGCUGCGCCUUCAACACACUUUCUACUGCUAGCCUGAAGGAGAUUCCUGCUGUGGCCCAGGCCAAGCUGGUCACUGUAAAGUCAUCCCGGGCUCAGAGCAAGCGCAAGGCACCCACCCUGACACUGUUGAAGGGCUUCAAGAUCUUCUGAGGGCCCCUGCUCAGGAUUCCAGGCUCAGCGCUGGGCAGUCUGCAGGGCAGGAGCUGGCUUCUCACCACCGGCUUUCCUUCUGGUGGAACAGCAGCCCUCACCCUCUGGUGGACAGCUGACCCCUCCUCCAGCACCAGGCAGUGUCCCUGACACCCAGUUCACUGUAGGAGCAACAGGGACAGGCAGAAAUUCUGCUCCUAUUCCCUCCAGACCUUGGUUUCCAUGGUAACCACCGCAUCCCUCACCCUGAAGGAAACAGCCACUGUGACAACGCAGAGACCUGGGGUCAGCCUGAAGCGGAAGGAAAUUGCAGCAUCCAUCGUGGCGCCAUCACCCCCUCCUGCUCCAUCUACAGCCAGGCCUGAUGUGGCCCCUGGUGGACAGCUCUGGGUGGACAGCUUCAGGAGGCACUGCAUAAGUGCGGGCCUGAGAGCAUCCUGCCCUGAGUUCCCAGCACCUCCUGGUGGACGGGAAGGGCAGGGCAGCUGCAGGUUUUGCAGGGCCAGAGCCUGGCCCUCCCCUUGCCUUCUGACUUCACAGAACCCCCAGGCAACAAACCUCACAGUUUAUCCAAGUAAAAUCUAGUUGCAAUAAUCCUACGGGACAGCCUGUGAGAAGCAAAGGUGUCCCGGGAAGGCCUAUUUCCAGUCCUUUGCCUCUCAAUGAGGGCAGAGGGAGAGGGCCGCGGGUAGGCCAGUGUAGGGAGCCUCCUGUGUGUUUCCACCAGGAGGCAGGGCCCCGUAUUUUACAACCUUAAAAUCAAGGACUCUGUCCGCAGGCCCUCAGGACCUGCCUUGUCAAGUUUACUGAUCAAAACUGCAGAACAAAGUCAUUCUCUCCAGUGACAAUCACCCAGGACUCCAGGGAGCCCACAACUGGCUAUAUCAGACAUCCGGUAGGGAGAAGCACAGUUUUCUGUUUGUAGCCUGGUGCGGCAGGACCUAGUACCCUUGGCAAUGGGUCUGCGUGUUCAAAGUCCACUUUUGUAAGAUACCACCUAAGGAAUUUUUGGUUCAUAAAGCAAAUUUUUGCAUAAAUUAUUUGGCUUUGCCACCACAGCUUAUACUGCAACACGGUGGCUCAGACACGGGAUCGCGACACUCCUUUGGGAUCCCACGGUUAGCAAGAGAAGGGUCUCAGAGGCAGGGAGUUUCUUAGUUUUCUAGCUCUCUUUACCACAGGGCCCCUGGCCCAAAGGAAGUCUUUCACGGACCCUCAGCAGACCAGCAGGCAGAGGAGUGGCCUGUGGUGGGGGAAGGGAGGGGGAGGGGAUUCUGAGUCCAGAAUCCUGCCCCUUCCUCACUCAGCCCUUCCAGGAGCUUGGAUUGAAAACAAUAGCUCUUGCCCAGGCUUCAGCCACCUUCUGCAGACGGAGAAGCCGAGGUCAGAGGGAGGCUGUGAACUCCUCAAGGCCACGUGAGGAGUCCUGGCCAGGCUUCCUGACCCACAGGCUGGCUCUGGAUUUUGCACUUUUGUUUCAAGCCGCUUGUGUGUGGACCACUGCCAUUUGAACAGACUAUGCAAUUCCAACUGCCCACAUCCAGAAGGAUUUUAAUAAAAAGGUUUUGUUCGUUUUUUUCCUAACAGGGUUUUAGUUUGAUUGCAGUUCACUCACUGUCUGCUAACACCACGGGGGCACUGCCCUGCACCCUAACUAGCAGAUUCUCAGGGGUCCGGAAGAAUGACUGGCGGCACAUCACUGUCUUUUACGUCCACUUCCACCUGGGCCAACUUUGGCUUUUCUGAGAGCAAAGUCUCUCUUAGGAUGGUCAGGUUGUUGUCAUCUUUGUUUCUGGCCUCGGCCAAGUACAGGACUUCUGGAGUUUGUUUUUCUGGUGACAGCCUCUUUUGAUUUCUGGGAGGAGAGAAAACACUAUGGAAUGUGAGUUCCCUGAGUUGGGGUACCGAGUGUUUGGGGCAGGACUGGGUCUCCCAGGUGGGCUAGUGAGUUUGAGGUAGAAAUCCAGUGCCCAGUUCUGGGAACAGUUGCGGGAGAAGCCGAGAAGGCGCCGUGGUGUUUGGCAGAGAAACAUCUUACACUUGUCUGUGUGUCACCUUACCAAACCCUCAGCGCCACCUGUGAGCUCAACUACUAUUGCUCCCCUUACAGGCGAUGUAAUGGGGCUCAGAGGGCCAAAGGAGCACAUGCCUGGGACGUGCGUUUAAGUUUCCUGACCCUGAGUCCCGUGUUCUUUUCACCAAACCACAUUUUCUCAUCGCAGGGCUGUCGUCCUACUUAGUGCAGGUCCUUGUCACCCCACACCCCAUCCCCACCCUCACUCCACCCCAUCUCUAGACAAGCUAAUCAGGAAAUUCCUAACUAAUCUUCCUGCCGCUAGGUGCUCACUUCUCCAAACUGGCCUACACACACCAAAUCACGAUUCUAAAGUCCUUGUGCGUACACACCACACCACUCCCCAGCUCAAGCGCCUUCAGUGGCUCCCCACUCCCACUUCCUUAACCUGGCAUUCAAGAUCCAGUCUUCCUUCCAAUAACCUUCCCAAAUGUCUCCCCUCUGAGGUGGUUCUACUCAAAGUAUCCACCUCUAGGUUUCCUGGCCAUAGUAGAGGGACCCGGCUGUGGUUAGAGCCGACCACCCAAUCUGCUUCGGCCAUAGGGGAGUAUCUCAGUGUCUGCUGCUUCUGAGGACACCUGCCUUGUCUCUGAAGUGACCUUGUCGAGGGGGAUGCUUCCUGACAGGGUGAGAGAGGAAAGGUCACCUUCUUAGAGGCUAUACCCUCUGGGUCUUUUUAUAUCCUGCAUCCAGACUGAUCUUGCUAAAACAUAAGCCAUUCAUGUCCCUGUGCAGAGCUCUUCUUUGGCUCCCCAAUGCCCAUGGGCUAGAACCUGAACUCCUUAGGAUGGCCCCCAGGGCCUGUUCACUCUGGGCUCUGCUGCCUCUUGGCCUCCUCCUCCCCCUGCCCUCCCCACACUCCACACUGCAGCCUCACGGGCCCUCCUCCUCCCGCCUCGAGCUUGGUGUGUGCUGUCCCUUGGUCUGGAAGGCUUCCAUAGCCCACCCUCGCUCUCUCUCUUUUUGCCCCGCAGGCCCCAGAUCCCAUCUCUGUGCUCCCACAAUACUCUGUAUGUCCCACAGUUGCCACCUGUCACUCUAAACUACAAUUAUCUCCCCACCAAACUGUAAACUCCAUAAGACCAGGGCUGAAUCUAUCUUGCCCAGCCCUGCAGCCCCCGCUCUCAGUGCGGAGCUUAGCGCAGGGCAGGUGCUCAGCUUAUUCUGUGGAAUGAAUGAUGACUGGGCCAUAGCAGUUCGUAACGACUAGUUAACAAUGCGAGCAAAGGGCACUGGGUUAUUUCUUUCUGGCUUUACAGCAGAACUGUGAGGAGGAUUCAUAGAUGACAUAAAAUACAGCACAGAAGGAAGAGCACGGAGGUUAGGCCAACCCUUCCAUGGAUCCUCAGUGACCUUAUUCUGUACAGUGGGAAUAGGUAAUUUGUGCCAACCCCACCUUACAGUGCUGUCUUGAUCAAGUGAGAGAAUGUGAAGGUGCCUUUAAAAUUGUAAAACAUGAUACAGAUCUGAGGGAGAGAUUCUCAAUAUUAUUGUUUCAAAGUUACUGCUAGUUACUAGGGCUAUAGUAACUGUUGAAUGAAUGGGAAUGAGUGAACCAAGCAUUUAUUGAAUAACUUCUAGAGCCAGACUUUGUGCCAGUUGCUUGGGGAAACAAAUUGAGUCAAAUGUGGUCCCUGCCUUCAAGGAGCUCUCAGAAGUUAGCCCUGGAAUCAUCCAGAGAGUUUAACAAAAUGCCAAUGCCCAGGUCCCACCCUUUGUGGCAGAAUCUCCAAGGCGAGGUACAGAUUUCUGUGUUUUUAAUGUUCCUCCUCAGGUGAUUUGGUUGUGUAUCCAGGGUUAAGGAGUACUGUUGUUAUAAAGAUGUCAGAAUUACCCCAGGAGCACCGACGGAUCUUAGGUCUCUUUCCGUGCCCUGCAUUUGGCCUUGGAGCAGCAUAAGCCUUUCCCCUUUAAGAACAGCCCUAACUGCAAAAGCCCCCACUGUGCACUCGCCACAAUCCUAGGAGGAGGGAAUCCGUUAUUACUGCCAUUUAUAGAAGAAGAAGCUGGCUUGGAGAUAUUGAGUGUCUUGCCCAGCUGCUGAGUGGCAGAACUGGAAUUUGAACCCAGCUUGUGUGACUCCAGAGCCAGAGAUCCUGACUUCUGAGAUACACCACCAGCCCGCGCCCUGUUUGCUGGCCAGGGCCAAGGAGUGUCAUCAGGGACGGUUGCCAGUUUUUCAGCAGCUUUGGGUUCUCACAGGACCCUAAAGGAUGCAUUUUGCUGUCCCAAAGGGUGGACAGCCAAGGCCCCUAGAUGACCCCUCUCUAGGUUUCCUUUGGGAGGGCAGGGCCCACCCCCUCCAGAGACCACCCCCAGACCAGCUCCUCACCUUUUUGCCUGGGUGUUCCUUCUCAAGAAGACAAUGCUUAUCACGACCACCACGGCCACCAGGACAAACAUGGAACUAUUCCAAGGAGUUGCUGGGGAGGGACACACAGGACAGAACCUUGAGGAGAGGCUGGGUGCCCUUCAGGCCCCUAACAGACCAGCUCACAGCAUCAACCUUCCUGUGCUGUGGGCCAGGUAUCGUAGAGAGACUCUAAGCUGAAAAUGAGCCCCCUGCCCUGCGGGAACUCCCAGUCCAGUGUUGGGCGGGGAGAGGGAGAUAAGAUCUCUGCUCUGAAGAAGCUCUCAUCUACCUGGGGGAGACAGCACUGCAGCUGGGUAAUAAUAGUGGGCAAAGGAGGAGUGUGGGUGAAGAUAAACUUCACAGUCUUCAGAGUUUUGCUAGGAGCUAGCCAAGUGCAGUACA